GUAUUGAAUGUGCCACACUUUCCCUGCUCUGACCUCUGACAGGAGCUCGCGGAUCUGCUCCCUCCUGUACAAACACGGAAGCAGCAUGGCGUCCAACAGCAGCGGCAGCGAUAGCUCUGACAGGCAACGCAUUGCACAGCAAAGACUGAGUGUAAUUGCCGGACAUUUACAGAGACCGGUGGAGGGUAACUCGGGCAUCCUAGCCGCGGAGUGCAAAGCCCAGGGAGACAAGCUAGAUGUCUCCAGCGAGCGGAGGACUGUGCCGAGGAGGAGACAGGAGAUUAUGAAAUGGAAUGGCUGGGGAUACAGCGAUUCAAAAUUCCUGUACAACAAGAAAGGCCAAGCAGAAUUUACUGGAAAAAGGUAUAGGCUGAGCGGUAUGAUCAUCCCCGGCCUCAGAGAGUGGAUGGAAAGCACGUUCGGUGCCAAUCUGCAGCACAAAACUCCAGCAGCACCAAUUCUGAAUAGCAGUGCUGUCCAGCCUCCCACUCUAAACGAGGCCUUCUUGAAGGAGCUAAAGUCCACAGGCAUUCCCUUCUCUCAUGACGCUGAAGACCGGGUUUUUCGCUCUCAUGGCCAUUGCUUACACGAGAUCUUUGCUUUGAGAGAGGGGAAAAUUGGCCGUGUUCCAGAUUUGGUUGUAUGGCCAAACUGUCACAAUGAUGUAGUGAAAAUUGUGGAGCUCGCAUGCAAACACAACGUUUGUUUGAUGCCAUAUGGAGGAGGGACUAGUGUCUCUAGUGCCCUCGAGUGCCCCCCAGAGGAAACUCGUUCCAUCGUGUCGUUGGAUACCUCACAGAUGAACCGCAUUCUGUGGAUUGACGAGAAAAAUUUAACUGCCCAUGUGGAAGCUGGCAUUGUCGGUCAGGAUCUAGAGAGAUUGCUUAAUGAGAGCGGCUACUGUACAGGACACGAGCCUGACUCCAUGGAGUUCAGCUCCCUGGGGGGCUGGGUAGCAACCAGAGCAUCAGGUAUGAAGAAGAACAUCUAUGGCAACAUUGAGGACCUGGUUGUCCACAUAAAGAUGGUUACCCCACAAGGUGUGAUUGAAAAGAGCUGUCAGGGACCUCGCAUGUCCACGGGGCCGGAUGUUCACCACUUCAUCAUGGGCUCGGAAGGAACCCUGGGCGUGGUUACUGAGGUUACAAUGAAGAUUCGUCCCAUGCCGGAGUACCAAAAAUACGGCUCUGUGGUGUUCCCUAAUUUCGAGAUGGGAGUUGCCUGUCUUCGAGAGGUUGCCAGACAGAGGUGUGCCCCAGCUUCUAUACGACUCAUGGAUAAUGAACAAUUUAAAUUUGGUCAUGCCCUGAAGCCUCAAGUAUCUUCAAUUUUCACUUCCUUUUUGGACGGGUUGAAGAAAUUUUACAUCACCAAGUUCAAAGGGUUUGACCCCAACCGCCUGUGUGUGGCCACCCUGCUGUUUGAGGGAGACCGCGAGAAGGUCCUGCAGCAUGAAAAGCAGGUUUAUGACAUCGCUGCAAAAUUUGGGGGCCUGGCAGCUGGAGAGGACAAUGGGCAGAGGGGCUACAUGUUGACCUUUGUCAUCGCUUACCUCCGGGACUUGGGAAUGGACUACUAUGUGAUUGGCGAGUCCUUUGAAACCUCUGUGCCUUGGGACAGGGUUUUGGACAUUUGCAGAAAUGUAAAAGCGCGCAUUGUGCGAGAGUGUAAAGACAAAGGAGUUCAGUUUCCACCAUUAUCCACAUGCAGGGUGACUCAGACGUAUGAUGCCGGUGCCUGUGUCUACUUUUACUUUGCUUUCAACUACAGAGGACUCAGUGAUCCAGUGCAUGUGUAUGAACAAGUGGAGCAUGCAGCUAGAGAGGAGAUCCUUGCCAAUGGAGGGAGCUUGUCACAUCACCAUGGAGUGGGGAAACUUCGGAAGGAGUGGAUGAGAGAGACCAUCUCCAGCGUCGGCAUGGGGAUGCUCAAGUCUGUCAAGGACUACGUGGACCCAAAUAACAUCUUCGGCAACAGAAACCUCCUCUAAUUAAAUAAUUCUGUCCAUCUUUAGCUAACCUUUUUGUUUUGUUUUCUGAAAGCAUCUUGUGCAUUUUUGAUUAAUAGAUACUAAAUGUGAUUUCAAAACGGACACAGAUCUUUGUCAUCUACAUCAAAAGUGUCAUCCGGUGCCAUUUAACGAUUCACCCAGGCUUUUUCUUGCUUUGACUUUGUAUUGCACUUAAUCUGCUGUAACAAUCAUGUCGUCCAUGUUGAAGCUCAUUUUUACUCGUGUCACGGUCUCAUCCUCCUAAGCCACAACUGUGAUGCAACAAAAACCUUCAUUUUUCAUCACAUUUUCUUUUGUUAAACUGCUAAAAAUCCUUGCCAACAUUAGCAGAAACAAUUUGUCUACAUGAUCCUGUCUUGUGUGUGAGUCUGUGUGUGUGUGUGUGUGUGUGUGUGUAUGAGUGUGUGUAUGAGUGUAUGCAAUUGAGUGAUUGGCAUUUCUUUAGUGGUAACUUUCAGCUCAAUGCGCUUUCUGAAGCUCUGUGCCUUUCUAAAGCUUUUGUCUGCCUACCCUUCUACUACACGUGUGUACAUUGAAGUCCCUUUGUGAAGGUCAUCAGUGUCUUCUGUUCAUCUUUUCAUGCCCUCCUGCCUUCUGUUGUACUGACCAAUUGCCAAGAGACUUGUUUCUUGUGUAUGCGUGCGUGUAUGUACCACUGGUGAUGAACUUUUUCGAGUUAAAUGGGACCUAUUAUGUUCAUAUCUAGCCCCACCUUUCUAUUCUUGGACUCUGCUCGAGUAGCUUGGCACGAUUCACAGGUCACAAUAAUCGUUAUUUAUCUUCUGCUGGACCUUUGCGUAUCUCAUCUCAGCUAGCUCUCUUCUAAUUGGCUGCCAGUCACAAACAGUAGUGUUCAGCAGCAGGUGGGUGGGGUUGAUGUUAUGGCAGCAUUAACUACAAUAAUAAAACCAUAAUAGAAAAUGAUGAAAAAACAUAAUGGGUCCCCUCGAGUCUUUGUUCUGCACAACCAAAAUUUCCCCACCCUUAGAUAAACAGUAUGAGGAUAAAGACUGAUGAUUCCCAGUGUGUUUAGCGUUUGCACUGAAGGCAUCAACCUUGCAUGGUUUGUUGAGAGAGUGGGGGGAGGGGAAAAAGCCAUUUCCAUUAUGACCACGUUUGCAGUGUAGGGCCUCUGGAUUCUGGUGCUCACGUUGUACCAAAGACUCAACUCAUCAGAUUAUGCGAGCAUACUGUACAUGUGUUUAAUGUUAUGGCAACUUACUGCAAAGUUAAACUGUAUUUUUUAAUUAGCAUAUGCAAAGAUAACCAUCUGAAGAGCUCUAAAAUGUAAAUAUGUGUGACUGUUACACCUGCUAAAACUUUGUAUUAAAACACAAGUCCAUGUUUCACUUUUUUUUUUCUUCCUGCCAUGUAGUUGGAUCAUUUGUGUUCACCCCAAAAUUCUUCAGCUCGUCAAACAGUUGAAUAGUGUAUUGUAUGAAAGGUUUUUUGGAUCGGACCCUGUAAUGUACUACAUUUUGAUACUGGACUUUUUGCUCUCAUGUUGAAGUAAGGUCUACCUUUCCAUUGUUAACUAUGUGUCAUGUUUUCCAGGAUCCCUGUGUGCUUUAAGGUCAAAAGAAAUCCCCCAAAAGUAAAAAGAUUUGUUCAGGACCCGCCCCCAAACUCUUAUCUGACCUUCUACCCUCUUGUGUCAAAAAUAUGCGAGAGCUUGUUUUUGAAUGUUAUGGCUGUACCCUUUUUGGUCAAUUUUUCCACUUCUCUUAACAACAUAGUAACUUCUAAGUAUGUUUUGUCAAUGCUGUUUGUGCAAUAAAUUAAAGUAAAACUUC